AGUUUUAGAGCAGAGGAGCCCGUCUGCUGGGGGAGAGGCAGAGGAAAAGUUAGUCAAGAUGGCAAAUCCCACAGACCGGGAGUAAAGGGGCACCGCUCCCCCAAAAAGCCGAGCCUGCCGCCCGUUCUGAAGCAAACCCAACCAUGCAAACUGCGCCAGCAGGCCUGUGAGGGAUUCCCUGAAGAAAAAUGCCUGUGAGGCUGAAACUGAUGUGACACAGCCUGUGCUGGAAGAAAGCUGACUCAUCAAAUAUCAAUCUCUCUGAGAGCGACUCAGCAGCAGCCCAUUUCACCUAAUGCCCAGCUAGAAGAGCAACUACAACCCCCACCCUUUCACCCUUACCACCAGAGAUUAUCAGACAGGAGAAGGCUCCAGCAGGAAUACCACCAGAGACUGCUGUCCUGACUAAUAAUAAAGAAGCUUAGAAUGGUAACAGAGUGUCUCAGCUGAACACAGACACCAACCACCACGUAACCCUCCGUUCAGUCUUAAAGCAGAGACGCUUCAGUCCGCCAGCUUUCAUCCCGCCUCGCAGACCAUGAUGUUUCGCGAUCAGGUGGGCGUGCUGGCCAGCUGGUUCAAGGGGUGGAACGAGUGCGAGCAGACGGUAGCCUUGCUGUCCCUGUUGAAAAGGGUGAGCCGGACUCAGGCCCGCUUCUUGCAGCUCUGCCUGGAGCACUCCCUCGCUGAGUGCACCGAGCUGCAGGUCCUGGAGGGGGAGGCCAACAAUCCAGGUGUAAUUAGCCAGUGGCAGAGUGAGCCUAAGGAGCGCGUCAUCUCGCUCGUCCUUACCCAUCUCCCGCUGCUCAAACCCGGCAAUGUUGAAGCUAAGGGAGAGUACAUGCGCUUGCUACCCCGCAUCCUGGCCCACACCAUUGAGCACGGCCAUCACCUGGAGGAGUCUCGCCAGCUUCUUUCUUAUGCCCUCAUCCACCCCGCCACCUCCCUGGAAGACCGUGCUGCCCUGGCACUCUGGCUCAACCACCUGGAGGAGAGGGCAGCCGCACGAGGAGACUCACUGGAACGGCCGCCUCCUGCCGGACCUCAUCAUCACCACCAGUCUACACCUCCUUCGACCCUGACCUCCUCUGGAUCCUCCUCUUCCACCAACACCUCUUCUUCAGGCAAUCUGUACUCCUUGCAUCACCACCAGCGUUAUGGUUCUGAUGACCGCCUUAAUGGGUGGCAGAGCUCCAGGGAUUCAGGAAUAGGUGGAGGCUGGCAUCAGCAGCAUGGCUGUGAGAAUGGGCACCUCCUUCUCUACCCAUCGUCCUCUGUGCCAGCAACCAUCAAUACAGUCGGAACUGGUGGAGGCAGUAACACAAUCCUUACAAGUGGAGGUGGCAGCCAACAGCACAGUCCCUUAAAGCGCUCCGUUUCCCUCACACCUCCCAUGAGUGGCCCCAACAACCAGCCUCUGGGUCAUGUAUGGCUUUCCCAGGAAGAUCUUCGGACUCCUAGAGGCCCAGCCCCAGACCAUGCCCCUCUCUCACCACAAAGCAGCAUCGCCUCCUCGGGCAGUGGAGGCAGUGAGCAUCUGGAGGAUGCUGGUUUAGGAGGAGGUUCAGGUCUGCAUCGCAGUUCCUUCCAUGAGGAGGGCAGUGGCAUGAGGGAUGUUCCUGCUUGGCUGAAGAGUCUCCGUCUCCAUAAGUACGCCGCUCUCUUCUCCACAAUGACCUAUGAUGAGAUGAUGGCAUUGACUGAAGAGCAACUAGAAGCACAGAAAGUCACUAAAGGAGCACGACACAAGAUCGUUAUCAGCAUUCAGAAGCUCAAAGAGAGGCAGAACCUACUUCGCAGCCUGGAAAAGGAUGUGUUGGAGGGUGGUAAUCUUCGUGCCCCACUGCAGGAGCUCCACCAAAUGAUCAUGACUCCUAUUAAGGUUUUCAGUGGUGGCGAGGAGGCCUCCUUGAAUCGCCCCAUGAUGACCCCGGAGGGCAAAAGCACUGCACUCAGCUCGCACCUGAGUGGGGGAAGUGGAGGAGAGGCUGAGUCUGGCACAAGUGUCAUCGCUGAGGGGGAUCUACCUGGUCAGUUCACUCGUGUUAUGGGCAAAGUUUGUACACAGCUGCUGGUGUCAAGGUCGGAUGAGGACAACAUCAGCUCCUACCUACAACUCAUUGACAAGUGCCUUAUUCAUGAGUCCUUCACUGAGACGCAGAAGAAGAGACUAUUGUCAUGGAAACAACAGGUCCAGAGGCUGUUCCGGUCCAUUCCGAGGAAAAACUUGCUUGACAUUGCAGGGUACCGACCGCAGAGGAGCCGUUUUGGCCAGUCCAACUCUCUCCCUACCACUGGCUGUGUUGGGGGCAGCGUGUCAGCCAGGAGGAGCCUUCACCAGUUCCAAAUGCCCUCCCGGAGCUUGCCGGGUGCCAGGCUGGGCCUGCUGGGCAGCGGGGGGCUGCUGGGACCCACACCUCGUAGCUCCAGCAGCACACCCACUGGUCCCAAGCAAGGGAGACAUGGUCCGUGGUUUGCCAACCCCGGAGGAAGUAAUAGCAUGCCCAGUCGGACCCACAGCUCCGUGCAGAGGACCCGUUCCCUGCCAGUUCACACCACGCCACAAACUAUGGUCACGUUCCAGCAAGCCGAUCUUCAGUUGCCAGUGACAGAGCCAGACAUCAAUAAUCGCCUUGAGUCUUUGUGUUUGAGUAUGACAGAACAUGCCUUGGGAGAUGGUGCAGACCGCACAUCAACAAUAUGAACUGAGGACCUGAGUGAGAGCAGCAGGAUGGCACAGGUUCAGGAAGCUCUCUCACCAGCCCUUCCGUUCCCUCUCCCUGUAGCCAAUGGUAGAGCUCAACCAAAGGACCGGGCGGGAUCCAAGACACACAAGAGAGCCGAUCAUCAAACAGCUCAAACAAGCUAUCACACUGGCACCGUCCAACGGGUUGGAAAGACACACUUCCUGCUCGGGCAGCAUCCGCACAGUCACCUGUAUGUGGGUGAGGAGAAUGAAAAGAAUCAAACACGGCCUGGACAGUGUGGGCAAACUAGCCCCCUGACCCCGUGGGGAGGCCAGAAGCAGUCCAGUCAGCCCCAGCAGAAGGGAGAUGCUGGGCUUUGGAUCAGCGCUCAGUGAGACUUUCUCUCCCCCACACUGUCUGAUCCCCGCACAUCGACCACAGCUCGUGGCAUCUUUCAGAUCAUAGCAGUACCUCAGACCCCAAACAAGAUGAGACAAGCAGAGGCGCAAGGGUGCAGAAGGAAGCUUGGGAUUUCCCAGACUGUUUUCAGCAAGGACACAGCAUCCAGGAAGGAUGCUCAGAGAGCUUGAGAAGGCCUCUUGCUCAGUACUGGGUGGCAACAAACCUUUUCUUUCUAUUGUAUGUAUUUAUUGUUUACAUCAUGAUGUGCUACUUUCAGAGGGUACAGAAACAUUUAUGGAUUUCAGGUAUGACUUGCAUAAUAUAUUCAGUAAAGCCUUGGCUGUCUACAAGCUUUACAUCCCACAAGUAGCCAUUACUCUAGUUUACAACUAAUGUGCUUAUUCUUUAUUUUAGCAGCCAACAACAAAGUCAUGUUGGCCUGAACAUUUAUGGAGAGAGAAUGAGAAGGAAGCAAGAAAGAUGGAGGUGGAUAACGUGGAGAGGGAUAAGAGGAAGAAAGGGAUGUGGAGAAAGACACAGAAAGUAGCAGAAGAAAGAACCAAGCUGAGGUGAUACUAGAAAGGGAAGAGGAUGUUUUUAAAAGAGAGACAUCAGAGGCAGGACCUUUGAUUGGCUGGAGAUGAUGGAGGAAGAUGUCACGUCUAAUUAUGUCUUUAGUCUGUUGAUGCGAAUGAGUGUAGCAGGAAGUGGAUUUGGCGCCGCUCAACACACAUUGUUCAUCCACAGCAUGUACUGUAUAAACUCGUGUUUUGAAAAUGUAGGUUUUUAUGCGUAUAAACUGGGAGAUUAAUAAGUCAGUGGGAUCUAUCUGCAUGUUCAGAUACUGGGGUUAGUUAUUUUUCUAAAACAAGGGGAUAUGCCAAAGCUGCAUGUUAAAACUAAAGAUCUUUGUUUAGAAAGAAAAGGAAGAUUGUGAAAUGCGGAGUGGAGAAGGUGACAGAAGAAAUGGGAGGUGGAUUUAGUUUCCACUCAGAUCUUUUUUUUUUUUUUUCUUUCCUUCUUUUUUUUUUCCCUUACAGGAUUGCAACAUUGGAGAAAUGAAACACUGUCGAUCCAUGAAGGGAAGUUUUCCCCGAGAUUGUCUCAUUAGUGUUUACCUCCAUCUGCUGGCCAACUGCAGUCAUGGCAGGACAGAUGCUGAAGUCCAGAGAGACGCAGGCAUGUUCAAGAUGCCAGCAGAUCAUAAAAAAACUCACUGAGCAUGUAGAGAGAUGUCAGAGCUGGUUGGUUUUGUGUUUCUCUGCCUCAGCCUAUGGUAUAUGAAAUUGAUUAUAUUUUAUUUUUUAUUCUUAAUCUCAUGGUUAUUCUGUCUUAAUAUUUAUCCUCAGUUGUUUUGUGCCUGGAUUCUAGACUUUACAGGAUUAGGUUUAUUCUGAAAUAAGCUGGUUAGUUUAACAGAAUGCAAGUCCUGAACCUGAAUGGUCAUCUUUGAGAGUUAUGUUAUUAUUGUUUUAGUUAUUCAUUAGUUUUUUGCUAUUCUGUCAUACUUGAUAUGAUAAUGUGAGACACUACAAUCCAAAGGCUUGAGCAGCAGUGGAGUCAGAUAAGAACGGAGCAGUCUGACACUCAUUCUGAACUGUAGAGUUACGGCCUUGGUGGACGGACAGACGUUAAGAAAUAAACCACAAAAGGAGGCGAGGAUGAACCCCGUAACAGAAGCAAACAAAGCUUCUGAUGCCUCUCGUUGAUGUGUCUAAAGGGGGAUCUAAGGGUUGAAAAUACAGCCUGGUCUGAAGUAUCCCACACAGUUAGGGGACCAUACAACUGUUUGUGCAUGUUUUAGUUCAUCUUCUUUGGAAUUACUUUUUUGGGUGUUUCUCCGACCUUCCAGGAAACAUAAGAUUCUGUUUUCUAAAGCUUUGGUCUGGGAUUUUUAAAAGAGCUGUAUCUAUAAAGUAAUUACGGAACAAGCAAAUCAGGCAGAUGAGCUCAUGUCAGUGCCAGCCAGCAGCUGAUGCCUCAGCUGAUUGACAUGAGGCAUACCCGCACCCAGUAUCACGCCAUUUCUGACAUAGUUGGUGUCCAUUGUCAUCGACGCACCGCUCAUCAGAUGUAUCAGUCACCACAUAAGUAGAAAGCACUGGUAAGAUUUGGAGAACAUAAUUAAGAACACUACAGAACUCACUGAAAACAACAGUCAGUGGCUCCUUCAGCAUUAUAAAGACAAAAACACAUAAAUUCUGCUAUGGCACCUCUCUGCAGCCCAAACUGCCAUCCUGGUCUGUUAAUCGUGGCUUCAGAUCUUCUGAUGGCAGCUCAACGCUGCAGUCUGGAUCUGUGCGAGCACACAUCUGAUGAAAUGUGUGUAGUUUGGUAGCUGUGACUCAGCUGGACGUUUUACUCUGUGUGUUAAGUGUGUGCUUUCAGCCCUGAGUGGAUGCUACACCUUUGGCAUGUUCCUCCUUUGUUGCCCCUCGUUGAUGGGCAGCAUCAAGAUGUUGCCAUAUUCACUCUUUCAGUGUCACUGCCAUAUGAAUCAGUACUUAAAGUAGAGACUAUUUAUUCUUUUUUUCUGUUUUUUUGGUUUGUUUUGUUUUGCAGAGGUGAUGCUGAUCGUGUAGGUGUAAUAUUAUUUAAAAUACCAUAUGUAUUAACAUGUUAUGGCUGGUGACCAUACAUACAUCUCAAAUAUUAACAGUUAUUGACUUUGUUUUUUAUUGCUGUUGUUGAACUAUGAUAUUGUUUGUAUCUCAGUGUCAUGCUAUGAUUUUUUUUUUUUUUCUUCAUGUGAAGCUUUGCUGUCCCAAGCGCAGCCGAGAGCAAAAACUGGUCCUUCACAGAUACGUCAGUUCAUGGUCAGAUUUUCUCUUUCUUUCAGCGUAAAAAGUGAUGCGUUCUUGUAACCUUUGGGAGUUCAGGAGAUAGACUGGUCCACUGUGGGCCUUGUAAACAGCGUCUUUCUUUGGUCCCGUUUGGGAGAAAGGCUUUUAAGUUUCUGUGUGUCGCUUUAAAUGGUGGCAUUGCUCUUUAGUUUUCUUACUGUGGACAAAACCAGUGAAAAGACCCGAGACCAGAUUCAACAGCGUGCCGGUCCAGUGAUCAGUGCUGUCUGUGUGCACUCAACAAACCACCAAAAACAGCUGGGCACACACAGUGAGAUGGCAUAUUUUGGGGUUUGGGGGGGCUACUUUGAGCAGUGGAUUAAUACGCAGCAUUAUGGCACUGAGUGAAAAUACAAGUAGUGCGUUUGUAUUUUUGGCGCCUGUGCGGCAGCGUGGCUCACUCAUGUGCUUCUGUUUGUUUUUGGACAACAGUCGAGCUUCAUGGCACUGAGGAGGAAGGUGUACGAGGAUUUGACGCGGUCAUUGGAGGUUUGCUUUUUCUUCUUUAUGUGAGAUGUGUUGAAGAAAAGUACUCAAACCUGCAGUCAGUCAUGUAAUCAAAGGGAUUAUUGGAACUAUUUUGGGGGGAGAUUGUUUUGUUUUGAUUUUGUCAGUAUUUUUAAUUACUUUUAUAUCUCUGUGCCAUUUUCUGAUUUAUCAAGUUUUUUUUUUUUUUUAAGUUCCACAUUUAUAUGAAAACUGACUGACAGCAUUUUAAAAACCUGAGUUCAUGUGAUUCUUUUUAUUAUUAUUAUUAUUAAAGUUACACGGACUGUAUUUUGAGCAGCAGGGCAGGCCUCCAAUUUCUGCUGAGCUGUGGUUUCCUGCAGCACCUCUGGGUCAAAAAUGUGUGCAUUAUGACAGUGAAACAUCCCUGUGACAGGACAGCGGAGGGAGAACGGCUCUUUACAUCAAACCAAAUGCUUUUCCUAAAUGCAUAUCAGCUCUGUGGGUGUCCAGGAAGGCUUCUAACGCUGUGCCCACUGCAGUAUUAACAGCUAAAUAAUGCCUCGAUAUUCCAAAAACAUUUAAUGUACUUUAAGUCAUGACAUAUAUGCUGUUUUGUAUCUUUUAUUUCUGUCAUGGAUUCUGCAGUUUAGUCAGUUUGUCAGUAUGAGAUGCCAAUGCGAAUUGUUUUUUGCUUGUUUUUGUAAAUUCAGCAGCAUCCAUUCUGUAACAAAGUGUUACCGCCUGACUGCUUCUUUAACGUCAUUUAGUUUUAUUUUAUCAAAGAGCCGAUGUCCUGUAUUGACUGCAGGCUUACGUAUAUAUUUGACAAAAGAAUAUUGUAUGUUUAAUAAUUUAAAAAAACAAACAAAAAGACAAAAAAAAAAGGAAG